GUCACUGUCGUGUGCAGUGUACGCCAGCUGCUCCCCAAAGCGCACCGGUCACGAAACUUCCACAGCCGCCAAAAAUAAGCGGCUCAGUCAGUCCCUCGGACUUCACCUGGGAACUUUACCGUGGCUUCCAGCGGAUAGGUGGAUUUGGAACUGGUGGACGUGGUUCGACGCUCGUGCAGACUUGACAGGUUGAUUCUGGAUUGGUAACAGAGCCAGAGGGAUUCCAAGUGUACAGACGAGGGUACUAAUCUUCUGGAUGUGCUUUGGGGAACAAUGAAUCACCACGUGGGCUAACCUCGAUCCGGGACGAUAGAUGGAGAACCAGGAAGGAAGACCAUAAUCGAAUUACGUUCCGAAGAUAGGAAGGAACAGACACGAGGAACCUCGUCGACGAUGUUUUAUCAGCUCGAACCAGUUCACCGGUUAAGAACGGGUCCCAUCUAAUUCACCUCGCAGAGACAGAAGAAGGAACCAUGAACGGGAUAGGAAAAAGCUUAAUCUAGAUCGUAGGAGCAGCCGGUGCACGCAGCAGUUAGCUUGAAAUGCUGGCGACGAUAAUCGUAAAGAGACGUGUUCCAUGGCGAUUGUUAUCCCCGGAGUGGCGCUUAUCACGCGAUUUCAUGGAUCCGAUCGCAGUGGGGCCUCAUCGCGAUAAGUAACGCGUGCUGCGUGUCCCGCCGCCAUUUUCAGCGAAGCUCCCUCUGCCGGGUGGUCUCGGAAGACUCCUCGGGGAGUCGGGGCGAAAUCAUGAGAGGAACAUCUCGAUAAUCGUAAAAAAAGGAGAAGGAAGAAAGCAAAGGGAGGAGGAGCUUUGCUCCGAUCGCGAGAUUUCGAUCGACAAUGGCGUUUCUCACCGAUGGGAUCGAGUGAGAACUAGACUGUUCCACCCUUGGACAGGCUAUCGAUUAAACAGGCUACGAUGACGGGAAACCUUUGGCCAAUUUGCCUGGUCGUUGACCACUGUUGCACGAUGUUCUGUAAGAGACAGAAGCGUAGUUAGGUGAUCUAGUCUGUGGUGUUUGGGGAAGGAUGACGUUGUCAAGGGUCUUGGUGAUUUUGCUGGCUGGUGUACAGACGGUUCUAGGGAUGGAGGAUCAGAACACGUGUUUGAAGAGCAAGAGCUUGUUCGAGAUUCCUGGUGACGCUGUUUUGUCUGUGUUCUUGGAUAUUAAUCAUGGCCUCUACUGCAACGUCACGAGUAACACUGGGCUGCAGGAGGUCUUCACAGCCUCGUACGUGGUGCAUGCUUUGAACAAGUACGAAUCUAUCCCUGGACUCUUGCUGGGCUUGAAAAUCUUCGACACGUGCAACGACGAGAUAUCAGUGUACAAGCAAGCGAUACAAACAACCGUGGACGCAGAUUGCACGGAACGAUACGAAAUGGGGAUACUGUUGCCAUCGGAGUACACGACGAUCUUGGAGCCACUUCGUAAUUACAGCGUGCUGCCGAUCAGCACGUACAACGAGCAGAAUUUGACAAGGCCCUUGAUCAAUCUAAUGGUCCACUACCUCAGCACCAGGUUCGAAACUAUCGAUCUGCUCCUGGUGAAUCACGACUUCGCGUUGAAUUUGUUCCUCGAUACAACGAAGGAGGCUGGAAUUUGCGUGAAGAAUUACGGAGACACGUUUGAGCUGGAGGACGAUGAAACGGAACCUGUGAUCGCUGUCAUUGGACAGAGGAACGAUUUGAGACAGUGGAUCGAGAGAGGGGAGAAGCUACAGGGAUCCAGGAAGACCUGGAUCGCACUGCCAAUCGAUGGAUCCAAUAUCGAUGACCUAGUUCCCCCAGGCUCGUACGUCGUACGAACUUCGCCGUUCAACCUGGACCUGCUCCAGGACGUGUCAUCACCUGACAGAUUCCUCAACCCUGCGAACAGUCCCGUGAUCCAUUCGCCGCAUUUACUAGGUGUCGGGAAGGCGAUCGUCGAAUUGGCUCAGUUGCUGCAGGACCUUCAGAAACGGAACUGUCCUCGGGGGAUGGAGACGUCCUGCGUGAUGCCACGCUUCAACCCACAUACGCGACAGGACAUAAGGAACGCGGACGUGUACAACGCACUCCGCAUACUGCCGAAAUCCCACUCCAUCAAGUACAUCGUGGCGAUGAAGAGCCAACAGGAGAUGGUCGACAUGGCCGCGUACAGGAUAGACCCGGCGAGCUCGAAAUUUAAAAUCGCGCCAGAGUCGAGGGUGCCCAAGAUGCCGAGGCUGUGUCUGAAGAAGAACGCGAGGAACUGCGAGGGUUGCGCGAAUUUCAAGAAGAGAUUCGGCCACCGUGGUGUGACCAAAGAUACACUGGACAGGGGUUUAUUAAAGCCUGGCAACUGGAUAGCAAUUUUCCUGACGGUGGUGGUGUGCGGCACGUUCGCCUGCGGCGUGAUUGCCGUCUUCAUUAUCUAUCGCUUCAUCGUGGAGGACGUUCUCGAUGGGAACCCAGCGUUAACGAUCGUCCUGAUACUGGCCAACGUGUUCACCCUGCAGACGGUGCUUCCGUUUUGCAUCAACGACGACUAUUUAGGCGCCGAGCCACUCAACUCCAGGAAGAUCCUCUUCGUCACCCUAGCCUUCGGCCUGGACUUCUCCGUCAUGCUGUCCAGGGCGUUCUUCCUGGUCUUCUCCAAAGGUGGCGUCUUCACUGCUCACAUCAACGGCUACCUUCAGGGUCUCAUGGUGUUCUUCAUGUUCUGCGUGCAGCUCGCCAUGUCGGUUAUGUUCUUCGUUUUCAGCACUCACGAGUCAGCUGUGGUCGUCAGGAGUUUGAUCUUCAUCGCACUCCUGGGCUACGACAUAUUUCUACUAGUCAUCCUGUUCAUCGUGUGCUUCUUCAUCUCACAACUGCCGCGCAAUUAUCGCGAGGGCAAGUGCUUCUUUGGCACAUCCAUCGGCCUACUGAUCGCCUGGGCCAUCUGGCUCACCUGCUUCAUCCUCGUGGAACCGGAGUCCCGUGACACGGUCGUGUGCUUCGGAAUUAUUUCCACCGCCUAUAUGAUCAUUAUUGGGCUCCUGAUACCGAGGACUUACUACAUGGUCACGCAUAUAGCCAGGGGCAAGGAGUUCGUACAGAGGUUUGGGUCCACCGAUCUGGGACCCGAUCCGAGGACCAGCACCCUUGCCAGACAGAAUCGUCCAUUUUACGACUACGUGCACUCCGGAGGAGGAAGCAUGACGAAUUUGCAGGUGACACCGGUGUAUCCGAAUUAUUACGGCAGUUCCAGUCCAAAUCAGAAAUAUCUGGGACAGAAUAGAGGAUCUGACACGCGAAGGAUACCUGGAUACAACAAUUAUGGAUACCAUUCUGAGAUGCGAGAAGUGAAUAACACCUACACGGUACCGCAAGUCUGCAUCGAGGAUGCGGACUCAAGGCUGAGCCCCGUGGUGGAGCGGAGCAACUUGAGCUCGACGUACGCGCGGCCAAAGUGUCACCGGAAGCGGAAGCCGAAGGAGGACAGAGACUGCAUCGAGACCGACGUGUACGUCGAGGGUAACAUCAAUACCAGCCGCAGAUCUCACGACGAAAUCUAUCCAGCCAGUCCCAGCAACCCUAAACUGACCCAAACCGAGGCGACCAUCCGCGAGGAAGACGAAGGAGAAGACUCCACCAGGAUCACUAGAUUCUAACACAGUGCCCUAAAUCAUAACAGCGACCAUAAUCGUUAAAUAAACUGCUAACUUCUUUUGAGACAAACUGGUGUUAUCAAGGAUUUUUCGGAAAUUAUGGUUGGACUAACGAGAAAACUGCAAAAUGGAGUGCAAU